AAAGAUACGUCACAGUAGAUACACACAGUAAAGACUCCUCAGGUAUUGCUACACAUUUCUUACAUGAGCAACAAAAUGGAACACACUUUCGGACACGGAAUUCGGACUAAUAAUGUCCAGGGACUAUGAAGAGCCUGGUAACUCAGUAGGGAUGUUGGCAGCAGUGGAACAUGGUCCUGUCCUCUGCAGUGACUCCAACAUCCUUUGCCUCUCAUGGAAAGGAAGAGUUCCCAAAAGUGAGAAGGAAAAGCCAGUGUGCAGGAAGCGCUAUUACGAGGAAGGAUGGCUGGCCACUGGAAAUGCGAGGGGCGUUGUUGGUGUGACUUUCACCUCCAGUCACUGCAGAAGGGACAGAAAUACCCCACAGAGGAUUAAUUUUAAUUUAAGAGGGCACAACAGCGAGGUUGUCCUUGUUAGGUGGAAUGAGCCGUUUCAAAAGCUUGCUACUUGUGACAUGGAGGGGGGGAUAUUUGUGUGGAUACAGUAUGAGGGGCGAUGGUCUGUGGAGCUGGUUAAUGAUAGGGGAGCUCAGGUCAGUGAUUUUACCUGGUCCCAUGAUGGCACUCAGGCCCUAAUUGCCUAUAGAGAUGGCUUUGUCUUGGUAGGCUCAGUCAGUGGCCAGAGACACUGGUCAUCUGAGAUCAACCUAGAGAGCCAAAUUACAUGUGGGAUCUGGACUCCUGAUGACCAACAAGUGUUGUUUGGAACAGCAGAUGGUCAGGUGAUUGUGAUGGACUGCCAUGGUCGCAUGCUUGCUCAUGUUCUGCUUCAUGAGUCAGAUGGCAUUGUCAGCAUGUCCUGGAACUGCCCUGACUUUCUGGUGGAAGACAGCACUGAGAGUGAUACAGAUUCUGAUGAAAAUGCUUCAAAUCAAGCUCGUAAUGUGAAGCCACUUCUCACCGUUAGCUUCAUAUCUGGAGACAUAAGUCUAAUGAACAACUAUGAUGACCUUUCACCCCACAUCAUCCGCUCAGGAUUAAAAGAUGUGGAGGUGCAGUGGUGCUCUCAGGGAGACUUGUUAGCUGUAGCUGGAAUGGAGAGACAUCCUUCUGAUUCUGCCUGUGCCUCCAUUAUGAGGAAUGCCCUAGUCAAGUUCUAUAAUGUCCAAGGAGAACAUAUAUAUACUUUGGAAACACCUGCUCAGAGGCCUAUAACCACUAUCUGCUGGGGCCAUAGGGACUCAAGGUUGUUUCUGGCCUGUGGGCCAGCUCUGUAUGUUGUGCGUGUGGAGCACAGGGUGGCUAGCCUUCAGCUGCUGUGUCAGCAAGGCAUAGCCAGUGCCCUGAGAGAAGAGAGAGAUGUAAGCAAAUUAAACAUGCCUUCACUUCUCUGUUCCUAUGUUACCAGUGCAUUCAUCCCAACCAUCAAGCCACCUAUUCCUGAUCCAAACAACAUUCGUGACUUUGUUAGCUACCCCACAGCGGGAAAUGAGAGGUUGCACUGUACAAUGAAGCGUGCAGAAGACAACCCAGAGGCUGGUGGGCCUUGCUACACACUCUACUUGGAGCACCUUGGAGGGCUGGUGCCUAUUCUUAAAGGCCGUCGCAUUAGCAAACUGCGGCCAGAGUUUGUUAUCAUGGACCCCAAAAUGGACAGUAAAACAGAUGAGGUCUGCGUGAAUGGUAUGAUAUCCUUUAUGACAGACAGCUGCAACUGCUCUGACUCUAGUGACAUUGAGUUGAGUGAUGAGUGGGUUGAAAGAAAGUCACCAAAACUUACCAGAGGAAACAGGUCCCCCAAACUUCCCAGACUCAACUUGGAAUCAAGAAAAUCUCCCAAGCUUGUGCAAACAACUCAAGAACUGUCCAGAUCCCCAAGAUUACCAAAGAAACCAACAAUUCGCUCUCCAAGUCUUACUCGCAGGGAGUUUCCAGUGGAUGCAAUAAAUGAGCAUAGUUAUCUUGCUCAAGUUACUUCUAACAUUUGGGGUACAAAAUUUAAGAUCGUAGGACUUGCCUCCUUUUUGCCUGCAAAUUUGGGUGCAGUUAUCUACAAGACCAGUUUGUUGCACUUGCAACCACGUCAGAUGACAAUCUAUCUCCCUGAGGUCCGCAAAAUUUCCCUAGAUUAUAUGAGUCUACCAGUCUUCAACACCAACGUGUUCAGUGAGGAUGAAGAUGAUUUACCAGUAAUGGGCUCGUCCGGCGUGUCAGGUGAUAAUCCUCCCUGCACUGUCAAUAUUCCUAUUGCUCCUAUACAUAGCCCUGCUCAAGCCAUGUCACCCACACAGAGCAUAGGACUUGUGCAGUCUCUCUUGGCCAAUCAAAACAUUCAACUUGAUGUCCUGACCAACCCUACAGCCACAGCAGCUGCAGCUGCUGCUGCAGCGGCCACUAAUGCUUCAGUUCCCAAUCAUAGUCCAGACAAUGUGACAGCACAGUACACUGUGCCAAGAUACUCUAGUCCUGGGCAGGUCAUCUUUAGUGGUCUAGAAAUGGGCAACCUCGGUUUAAAUGGAACACUUCCACCACCGCCACAUCAUUUGCCACCACAGCCGCAUCAGCAACAACGACAGCAACAGCAGCAACAGGAAGAUCAUCAUCAAUCAUCAAAACAUCAACUACAAGUUCAAACACAACAGCAACAUCUAAAGUUGCAACAGCAUCAGCAAGCACAGCAGCAGCACCAACAACCAAUGCAGCAGCACCAACAAACACUGCAGCAGCAUCAACAAACACUGCAGCAGCACCAACCAAUGCAGCAGCAUCAACAAACACUGCAGCAGCACCAACAAACACUGCAGCAGCAUCAACAACAUAUGCAACACCCACCACAAAUACAAACGCAACAUCAACAAAUUCAGCAGCAAAUACAACAGCAGCACCAACAGCAAAUGCAACAGCAUCAUCAUCAAAUGCAGCAGCUGCAGCAACAUCAUCAGCAAAUACAGCAGCAGCAACUGCAACAACAAGUACAACACCACCAACAACAGGUGCAACAUCAUCAUCAACAGAUGCAGCAUCAUCAUCAUCAGAUGCAGAUUCAGCAUGAGCAAAUGCAGCAGCAGCAACAACAAAUUCGCCAACAGAUUCAGGAGAUGAGACAACAGCAGCAACAGCUUCAGCAACAGCAUCAGCAGAUGCAGCAACAACAUCAACAGAUGCAAAGACAGCAUCAACAAAUGCAGCAGCAGCUUAAGAUGCACAUAUCCUUACCACUUCCUCCUUCAGGGUAUGCUACUAUUUCUAUGCAUCAACUCCAAAUGAUGCCAUCGAUUCAUCAUCCAGACCAGCCACCUGAGAGAAGAGAGCAAACACACACUUUAAAAGUUCCUUCUAGGUCACAGUCAUUUAUUGAUAAUGAUACUUCUCUUGAGAUUCAGAUGCGUAAAAUGAACCCACCUCCGCCAUACCCAGGCACAGUGGUGUCUGCAGUAGCUGUUGUCACACCCCCUUCAGCACAGCCAAGCCUACUUGUUACCAGUGAAAAUUCUAACACUUUGUCAACAGACCUGUGCCUAACUAAAGACGAGUUAUCCCUCCACCCUGUGGCCCUACAGUAUCCGACUCCUUUGGGUUAUGAAAGAAUCACAACUUUUGACAGCAGUGGAAAUGUGGAGGAGGUGUGUCGCCCACGAAGACGACUCAUAAGGAACCAAAAUGCCUAUGGCAUACAAGGAAUGGGCAGUUCAGCUACACUGAAAGUCACCUCAUCUGAAAACAAGAAGGUCCAGCUUCCCUAUAGCUCAGCGACUCUCAGUCGCCUUUCAGUGCCUCGAUACUCAAUACCGAGUGGAGAUCCACCACCGUAUCCAGACCCGGCUAAUCAGAUCAAUGUCAUUAGAAGUCAGACUCAGAGGAUUGACAGCAGCCUUAUUCAUGCCACUAUGCGACGAGAUCGCAGAGAAGCUGCGCUAAAGAUUUCUCAAAUGGUGGAUACAGCAAGAACUUUACCAACCAAAUCUAAAGUUAACAGCGCCCUUGCACUUUCUUACCAGCCCAGGAACCCCACAGCUUUGUACACUUGCACUCAGUGCAGUAGUAACAGCAGCAGUACAAGUGUAAGUGUCAGUGGUGGUGGAAGCAACAGCAGUGGCAUCGCAGGUGGAACUGUAGUGAGGCAGGAUUUUCCACCUGGCAAAGGGGCCCAACAUAGUACCAUAAUUGUGCACUCUAAAAGUAAUUCAACACUAGCCUCUCAGUCAUCUUACAACCUGUUAAGUCCAGUUGAUGAUAGCAGAGACAGGACUGUGUAUAUCAACGCUGCCUUUACUGAGGAUGAGAUUCUAAACCAGCAAUGCCAUUUGGAAAAAUCCAUGCGUCAUUUAACACUUGGGGGUGUCAGUUUAACAGUCAAACGGCCACCACCUUACCAGUGGGACUCUCCUUCUUCAGACCAAAUAUGGAUGCCCCAGGAUCAAAAUAUAGUGACUAGCCCACCAGGACCUCAGAAACCACCUCAUCUUUUACUUAGCCAAGCACAGCAUUUAGAUAUAACCAGACUACCUUAUGUUAUCUCAACAAAACCUCCAUCUAGUCCUGGUGCUCUGACCUUACCAUCAACUUAUCAGGUUUCUCUUUCACCCUUUCCUUCUGGUGUGGGCCACAGUGGACCUCAGUUCCAGUCAUUGCAAAGUGCUGCACAGUCAUGUGGUCCUAGUGACAUGGUUACAUCAAUUCAAUUUAGCCAGCAGGAUCCAUCUCUAGUUCUACCUCCUGGUUAUGCAAAUAAUCUGGCCAGUCUGCCCUGUUGCCCACUUCCACCCAUGUACCCUGGGGCCAGCUCGUGCGCUAAUCUCCAGCUUCAUCCCAUGGCACUAAAUCCCUGGAACACUUACAGUACUUGCCCACCUAUGCAGGAUCACUCAGCAACAUUACCAAAUAAAAUGCAUAAAAGUCUGGAGAAACCCAUUCUUUCAACACCGCCACCACCACCUCCUCCACCCCCUCCCCCUCCUCCCCCGCUUCCCCCUCCACCCCCUCCAGCUGAACAUAUGAAUCACCAAAGCACCUCAGAGGUAUUAGCUGACUCUGGUGAGAGUUUUCAGGAACAGUCCUCACUUAAUGAAAGUCCAGUACCACAGGGGGCAGACAGGUUCAGUAAAAAAAGUCGCAAAAGACUUGACAGCAGGGCAGAGGAGGCAGGUAUGUCCACUGUUUCUGAGAGUAAAUCGAAAAAGGAAGGACGAGCGCUGUCUGACUUUAAUUCUCUUAUCGCUAGCCCAAGGCUUGGUGGCAGAGAGAAAAAGAAACCCAAAGGACAGAAGGAGCAACUAAACAAGGCUAAAAAGUUGAGCAGGACAAAUGAAUUCCAAGACAGCUCAGAAAGUGAGCCUGAACUUUUCAUUAGUGGUGAUGAGCUAAUGAAUCAAAGCCAGAGCAGUAAGAAAGGCUGGAAAAGCAAACACAGCCUCCGGACAGCAAAUGAACUGGAAGAGAUUAAGUGCCGCAAGGCGAACGAGAGAGAGGACCGGAGCCUUGGCAGUCAGGGCUUUGUUUAUGUUAUGGCCAACAAACAGCCUUUGUGGAAUGAAGCCACACAAGUGUACCAGCUUGACUUUGGUGGAAGAGUAACUCAAGAGUCAGCCAAAAAUUUUCAGAUUGAGUUGGAUGGACGACAGGUAAUGCAGUUUGGCAGAAUUGAUGGUAAUGCGUACAUCCUGGAUUUUCAGUAUCCAUUCACAGCUGUGCAAGCAUUUGCUGUCGCCUUAGCCAAUGUGACUCAGAGGCUUAAAUAAAAGACCGUCUGGCCAUUUUCAAGACAGCAGAGAUUGGUGUAUAUGGAUUGGGGUUAAAACCAGGCAAUGCUCUGUGUUGUUGUAAUAAGGUACUGCUUGUGUUGUGCCAAUAAAUACCAGAUCAUUUAAAUUGGAUAGUUAGUUACAAAGUAGACAAAAUAUAAAAUGGUUUAAAUCAAAGAGAAUAAGACAAUAAUAUCAAGUUGAAGGAAUGCAGGAUUAGUGCAAAAGGUGAUUGGUGAAACAAGAGCUAGUACAUAUCUAUUCCUAGUUAUUUUUCUUUAGUGUAUAUGUAUGUGGUUCAUAACAUUGAUAUCUGAAAGGCUAAACAAUUUGCAUGCAAGACUGCCAAUUAAUUACUGUGUGAUGAUGAGGUUCCCCUGUUGAGGAUUUUGGCUGCAGGUUUUCCUUGUUUUUUAAGUGUAAACUGUAAUAAUUUAAAAUGAUGUACCAUUGCAUAAAGCAGGAAUGAAGAGGGCGAAAAUACUUUAAAACUUAUUUUGACUGUUUUAUUUAUUGCAUUAAUCAUGCAUUACUAAUAACAUUAGGACAUUUCAUUAAGUGCUACCGCAUUCAUUGUUAAUUGAUUUGUGUUUUUCACACAAGAUAACUUAGUGUUCUCAUUGUAUUAUUAUUGUAAUGGCAGAAUGUUUGUCACUAAAUGGAUGUUAAAGGUCAUGAAGAAGAUGAUGUAAAAGUAUAUGAAUUGAAUCACUGUAGAUUGUAGAUUUUUAAUAUAAUCCCACUGUCAUUGAAUAUUUCACAGCAUUAGAUGAAGAAUAUAUGAAUUUUCACCUACAUGUGUUUUUUAAGUUCACAGUGAAACUGUAAGACUUCUCGCACUACAUUCAAAAUGUAAGAUUCAUUUGGCUUUGUGAUUUAUUUAAUGGAGUAGAUCCGGCAUAGUUUUGAUAGUGGUUCUGUCCCAUGGAUAUAAAUGGCAAGGCCCCAGUGCUACACUGACUGCGUCAAAGUACAUCAAGUUUAAUGAGGGAUAAAAUCCUUUUAAUGUGCUUUUCUGUUAUUUUGUUAAAUGAUUGUCUGGACAAUUGGACAUAGUUAUGUUAAUUAAUACAAGUAAACUCUUUUUAUUAAUCUUAUAAGCCAAUAUGUAGAAAUACAAGUUUUCUCAUCCAAUGUUUUUUUUAAUAUAUUUUGGCAUAAACUGAAUGUAUUUGUGCUGACGGAUUAUGGGUGAUAUACGCAUUCUCCUGUUCCUGGUGUGUAUGCUUUAAUAAUUUGCAAUUUUAAAAAAAUACUGUCAUGCUGGAGUAUCCAGUCCCAGUUUGGAUUGUGUGGAAUGUGAGGUUUAAACUGUGCUAUUGCUUUACUAUUGUAAUGAAAAAUAAACUAUGAUGAGCUUGUCAUAUUAACUUAA